UUUGAUUCUGUCAUGGUAAGCGUUGUCCAGCGUUCACCGCGAGAAACAACAUGGCUGCCGAGGAGUGAUAAGCGUAGCGUUUUUGUUGAACAUUUUUUGUAAAGAAAAGUACAUAUUUUCCUACAAUAGUUAUGUUGACAAGUUUUUAAUAUUGGCAUGAAUAUAUUAUGUGCUUGUAUAAUUUAAUAUAAGUGGAGCAUUUUAACGUGUCUUAAGCGUGUGCAUCUUAAUCCCAACGUGAUUUGGGCGGAAUGGCGGCGGUCGCAGCUAAACGCGAGGGCCCGCAGUUCAUCAGCGAGGUGGCGGUGCGGGGGAACGCCGCGGUGCUGGAUUACUGCCGCACCUCCGUGUCUGCUCUGUCCGGGGCCACAGCGGGCAUCCUGGGCCUCACAGGCUUGUACGGCUUCAUCUUCUACUUCCUCGCGUCCUUCCUGCUGUCCGUGCUGCUCAUCCUUAAAGCCGGCCGACGGUGGAACAAGUGCUUUAAAUCCAGGCGCCUGCUCUUUACCGGAGGCCUCGUGGGCGGAUUGUUCACCUACGUGCUCUUCUGGACUUUCCUCUACGGAAUGGUGCAUGUGUACUGAAGAGCAGCACUACUGCAGAUGCGCAUUAGUGCACAGGUUUAAAUCUCUGUAGGGCAGAUUUCUGUUCAGCAUAAUCCCUAGGCAUGAUAAUUGAAUCUAAUGUUAAUUUCCUUUCUCCCUUGUAUUUGAUUGCACUGAACUGAUUCUGACCUGAAGUGACUCAGAACUUGGGCUUAAAGGUCAAGCUGAAGCUUGAAGUCAUUAACCAGAUCCAGUUUAUUUAUUCAUUCAUUCAUCUUCAAUGAUGGCUUUAUCCUUGGUCAAGGUUGCGGUGGAUCUGGAGCCUAUCCUGGGAAUACACCCUGGAUGAGAUGCCAGUCCAACACAGGACACAAUGCGCGCACACGCACACACACACACACACACACACACACACGUUCACACCAAGGGGCAAUGUUGCGUAGUCAGUCCACCUACUGGCAUGUUUUUGGGAGGUAGGAGCAGUGCAGAGAACCUCGAGGAAACCCACACGGACGUGCAGAACAUGUGAAACUACACACACACACACACACACACACACACACACACAUACACACACACACUCAGUAGCUCAGGAUUGAAGCAGGGACCCUUGUAGCUGUGAGACAGUAGAGCUACCUUCUAUGCCCCGUUGAUACAAAAAAUGUAUCACAAUCAUACGUUUUGCUAACAAGUCUUUAAGUUUAGAUUUAAUUAUCUUUAAAUAACACUUGAAGAAAAAAGGGUUUCUGAAGGAUUCUUCGGAUAGUUAAAGUUACAUUUGGAACCCAUUUCUGAUUUUUUUUUUUUUUUUUUUUACACCCAAAACAAACUGAAGAACCCAUCUGGAUGGAUCCCUUUUCUCUAACAAUGUCAUUAACAACAAACACAGAGGAAAUAAAACUACUGGUGCAAAAUUUGAUCAUAAAUACAAUAGUCAGAAUCUGUAAUAUGUUGAUACAUUGUUAUUAUCUAUAUAUCUAAGAGUUUGAAAUUUAGCAUAGUUGUAUAAGAAAUGGUAACUUUAUUUCCCGAGAGUUUGAGAAGACACAAAUAUCGUCAUUCCAUCACAAGAAAUAUAAAUUUACCCCACUAACAACUCCUGACGUGUGGCAUUGUGUGUGAAUAUUUCUGUGGUUUCUUCUAAAUAAAUCACUCACUCAUA